AUGCCCCGUCAAGCCAUCACGAACCAGCAAAAGAUCGCUCUCAGAGAGCAGCACCGCAAGCAACCUUUGACUACCCAAGCCCAGCUUGCUCACUGGUUUAAUGAGACCUAUUACCAUCGACCUACCCAGUCUACCCUAUCCGCUAUCCUCUCCCCUAAAUAUCGACAUCUCGAUACCGAUCCGACCGAGCAUACGAUAAAUGCGAAGCGGUGCCGUACUGCGGUGCCGUACUGCGGUGCCGUACUGCGAAGUGGCCAGACCUCGAAGCCGCACUCAUACAUUAGAUCGUUUUCGCACAAAAGAAGAUCCCAAUAA